AUGGCGACAUCCGCUAGGCACUAUCAGCCUUCCGCUCUCGACAACAUUGAAGAUGUAGAAGAGUAUCGGAAGGGUGGAUUUCAUCCCGUUCACCUCGGAGACAGUUUCGCCAGCGGAAGAUAUCACGUGCUUUACAAACUCGGUUUCGGAGGCUUUUCGACUGUCUGGCUGGCUCGAGAUGAACGGUUGCGACGGCUUGUCGCGCUCAAGAUCAUCACUGCAGAAGCUUCGAGCCGAUGCGUAGAACUACAAAUCUUGCGACAUCUCAACGAAAGCUCUGUAGACCACCCCGGCCGUAGUCACAUCAUGUCCAUUCUUGAUCAUUUCAAUGUCCAAGGCCCCAACGGCUCCCAUGCGUGUCUGGUAUCGCAACUCGCUGGUCCGAGCGUAACCCAGAUAUGCGACUCUCCAGGUCAGAUGGCUGGAAGCCCCCUACCAGGGGCCAACACCAGUCUCUCCGCACCCGACUAUCUGGUAGAGCCUCUAGACCGCUCUCGAAUCCACUCUAGUUAUUUCAGUGGAGAUGCACUGCUUGUUGAUUUCGGUCACUCGUUUAUGUCGGAUUCACCACCGCCUGAGGGCGUCGGAACACCGCUGUCCUAUUGCUCACCAGAAGCUCUGUUCGAUAACAGAGCGAGUGUUUGGUCGGAUAUAUGGGCCUUGGGCUAUACAAUUUUUGAAAUUCGUGCCGGUAGCCAGCUAUUUGCCAGUUUCCUUGGCGGCCCUGAUGAAGUGAUUCGACAGAUGGUGCAGACGCUGGGCAAGCUUCCGGAGCCCUGGUGGAGCGCUUGGGAGCAGCGCUCCGCUUACUUCGAUGAAAGUGGGCGGCCGAAGAGAACUUGGGAGAACGACAUUCCACUGGCUGUUGAAUAUCCUCUGGUUGAACAGAUCAGGGAUAUAGGUGCGGAGGAUGAAGUCGACGAGGACGAGAGUCCGGUCGGGACAAUCAUGGAAGCUCCAGGGACAAGGCUUUCAGAGGCGGAAGUGCUCACUUUGGAAGACCUGAUGCACGGGACGAUUGCAUACGCACCAGAACAACGCAUGCCUGCUGACAAGGCCGUGAUACAUCCCUGGUUCACUGGUGUGUGCGGAUGA